AAAUCAUAACGCAAUCUGCUCAGUAUGAUAUAUUAAGUGGAAAUUUAGAACAGAUUGUCGAAACUCAAUCAGGAGGAGAUCAGCGAUUAAAAGACUUAUUAAAAGAGAUGAAUAUAGAAGCCGCUUACGACAAGUUUUAUGCUUCUGGAAUCACAUUUGACCGGCUGAAGUACAUAAACUGUGACGACUUGGCGUUGGUAUUUCCAGGGAACGAAAAUAUCGGUUAUAGAGCAGAACUAAGGGAAAAAAUAAGGCUUUGGAAGCACAAUAACUUUCCAGAAGAAUCUGUUUCGACUCUAAGUAUGAACUCAAAUAUCAAAAAUUGGAUUGAAAAUCAACCUCUUGACUCGCCAGCUACCAAUUCCACUUCGUCUGAAGUCACGAGUGUAAUUGACAUGGUGAAAAACUCGAAAAGUGGCCAAUCUCUAUUAAGCUUAUAUAAAACGAAGCAAAAGUUAGAUGCAGGUGAUAGAAAAAGAUUGCUUAACAUUAUUGUGGAAAACUUCUUCGAUUUAAAUUCGAAAAAGUACAAAAUACCGCGUCCACAUGAAAUGAAUAAAUUGGCUGAAGAAAUUGUAGCAAUUUUUCCUACUGAAAAUAAGGAAAUCUAUUACAUAUCUCGCAAGGACGCACGGAAAACCAAUGCAUCUGGUAAUUUAUACAAUCGCUUCAAUAACUUGAAUCGCAAGCGCAUAAGACUUGAUAGCAACACGUCAGAGGAACAGAAUGCAUCUGAGAGGGAAACACUAUGCUCCACUAAUUACAUUUCAUUUAAGAAUAAAAUGUAUUUUAUGAGUGGUGACGAAAGCGAUGCAAUUAACUUAUGGAGCGAGACAUAUAAAUACCGGGUUAAUCAUAUCCGUGAUUUAAAAGACCUAACGUCAAUCCUGGAAGAGUGGCCAUUCUACAAACAAGCUACAGGACCAAAAUUUCUCGAUUUUGACUUCCAAAAAAUGUACCCAGACGAAAAUUUCCACCUAAUUAAUAAUUGGACAGAUAUGCGGAACCAACUUGGCCAACUUUAUAAAGAUUUGUUGAGGGAUAAACAAUAUGUAGAUCUUUUUGGGUCAGUAAGCAACGAAUGUGUAAACGACAAUUCCAAAGAUUGCAUUUUGAUAAUGCUGCUAAAUGCUGUACUGAAACCCACAUCACGAUAUGUUGCAGAAAUUGAUGGAAAGCGUGUUACUAGUAAAACUACUAUUCGAGAUGCUAUGGACAGUUGCAUUGUACAUAUUACGAAUAUAAAUGAUCUGGAAUUUACGUACGCAGAGAAGGUAAAAAAAUCGAUGCACAGGAAAGAAAAAAUUCAACCGUAUCUUAUUGUAGUAGGUUCAGAUAUAAAAAGUUUAACUGAGUUUUAUGUAAAUUAUGGGGGAACUUUACAAAAAUUUCACUCAUUUAUAGCUGCUUUAGACAUUUGUUUUAAAGUAUUUCAUGUCCUUAACUUAGAGUAUCCAAGAGAGUCAUCUUUGAUGUGGUAUUUUUUGCAAAAACAAAUUUACAAGAUAACAACGGUCUAUGACAUAAAAAGCUCAGCUUUAUGUGAAUUUUUGACCUUAUUUAAAUCAUAAAUAAAAAAUGAGUAAAGAAAUCAAAUGUUUUGCUUGUGAUAGAGUUUUUAUUGAACUCUCAAUACUACUUAAACACUUUAAAGAUGCUCAUCGCUUGUCACGCAAUAGUGACUUUCAAUGUACUUUUUCAAAUUGUAAUCAAUUAUUUUCAAACCUGUAUUGUUUUAAAAGGCAUACCCAAAACCAUUUGAAACAUUUCACCGAAAGUGAGCUAAUAUCACCACAAUCUAAAAGAACUAAGUUUGAUAUACCCUAUGUAAACGAUAGCGCUAAAAUAGUUGCUCAAAUAGCAGCCUCAACUAAACCUUCUUGCGAUACUUGCGAAAUUAAAGAAAGUAAGUUAAAUGUAUCAAAAAAAUGUCAAUCGUUUUUAUUAGAUUUACAUACUAAGAGCAACAUGACCAGAAAAGAUGUUCUAUCAAUUCAGGAUAGUGUGUCUGCGAUAAUUUUUAGCGUUGUGGAACCAUUAAAAAAUAAACUUUUUUGCUAUACGCCUGAAAAUGAAAGAAAAUAUAUUAUAGACUUAGUUAAUUAUUACGAAAACCCAUUCAAAGACUUUCAAACCGAAUAUAAGUUAUUCAAAAGCAUUGAAGAAUCAGACGAAUUUUCAAAACCACAGUUUUUUAAUAUAAACAAUGAAUUGUGUGAAGUUAUUAUAAA